UUGCAUGGCUUGACUGCUGUGGCAGAGUGGGCUUGGUCAGUGUUAAUAGAAAGGCAGCAUGAGAGGCUUCUGUGCUCGAAACAUGCAAGCUGUGGGAUAUUUGCAGAAAACACCAGUUUGACAUCUCACUCAGAGAAAAGAGACAUGUGGAGGAGCCUCACACUGUUAGUGGCGAUUGCCUGUUCACUGGGAACGAAGUCUCAGGAUGUGGAACCAUCGGCUGCAGCUGAAAAGCCCGAGGAGAUGCAGGAGAAUUUCAGUGACCUGUCGGUUUUACUUGGAGAUGCAAGGCGCCAGAUCUUGGCGUCCCAGUUUGAGUGCUACCUGAGGAUGAUCAAUGAUCCGCCUCGAACGGAUGAAGGUCCUUACUGCAACCGUACCUGGGAUGGGUGGUUGUGUUGGGGAGACUCAGCACCAGGGAGUCACCAUCAGUAUUGUCCUUCAUAUUAUGCAGACUUUGAUCCUGAAGAAAAAGUGGUCAAAGUGUGUAAUCCUGAUGGCCAGUGGUUUCGCCAUCCGGAGAGCAACAGAAUCUGGACUAAUUACUCACAAUGUUCAAUCCGCAAUGAAAAGUUCAAGUUUGCAAUGAGUAUGUACUACCUGGCUUUGGUGGGUCAUGGUCUUUCUAUCAUCUCCCUGAUCAUCAGUCUGGUUAUCUUCUCUUAUCUGAACAGUCUCAGCUGCCAGAGGAUCUCCCUCCACAAGAACACGUUCCUCUCCUUCAUCCUGAACUCUAUUGUUACCAUCAUGUGGCUUUCAGUCUCUGUGGCCAACAAUAAAACCAUAAGUUCCAGCAACCCCGUGAGCUGCAAGAUCCUGGCUGUGCUGACUCAGUACACAUUCAUGUCCAACUAUUUCUGGAUGCUGUGUGAGGGCAUCUACCUCCACACACUCAUCAUAGUGGCUGUUUUUGUUGAGGAACAGCAGCUCUUCUGGUACUACAUCCUGGGGUGGGGCUUCCCCAUCAUUCCUGCUAUCACAUAUGCGAUUGCUCGUGGGCUUUUCUACAACGACGAGUGUUGGAUCAGCCCUCGCACCAAUCUUGUCCACAUCACCCACGGACCCAUCCAAGUUGCUUUGCUUGCAAAUCUUUUCUUUCUCCUGAACAUUGUGCGGGUUCUGAUCACCAAGCUGAAGGAGACACACUGUGCUGAGUCCAUGACCUACAUGAAGGCAGUGAGAGCCACCCUCAUCCUGGUCCCUCUGCUGGGAAUCCCCUUCAUCCUCCUUCCAUGGAGGCCCGAGGGACGCAUUAGCCAGACUGUCUAUGACUUCUUCAUGAGCCUGUUCACCAGCUUUCAGGGACUCCUGGUGGCCAUCAUAUUCUGUUUCUGCAAUGCUGAGGCCCAAACGGCGCUGCGCAGGAAGUGGCUUCAGUGGAAGUCAGCCUGGGGGAAAACUGGCUGGGGACAAACACCCGCCACCAACAACCACUGCAGCUCCCACACCAACUCGUCCAUUGUGGAAACCAGUCGAGCCACCGGCCAUGGCGGCUUAGAGCAUCUGGCCCCCACGUCGUCUUUUCAGCUGACCAGGACCGCGAAGCAGCACAAAACCAACGGGCAGGAGAGGACGAGCAAGGCAUGCACCAACGGGCAGGUGGACAUUCCCAACACGUUGGAGUCUCCAACUUGGAGACCACUGACAUCUGAACAGAUUGAGUAAACACACACAUGUACACACAGGAAACACUAAAUGGAAUAAUUUAAAAUAAGGGUUGGGGGAUUGCUUUGUAUAUAAUACACCAAAAUAUAUAAUAAACAUAAAACAUUUUUAAAAAAAGAAGCCAUUUUUUUAUUAGAACUGACAAAAAGAAAAAGAGCUUUAUUGUUUGUGCCUUGAUGUUUUUAUUUGCUUGGUUGCUGUAUUUAAGUGAAUCCAUGUAUUUUUUAGGGCUUUUUAUAUAUUUUCAGCCAGAUUGAAAAGAUGAAAAUACCAAAUUUCCUCUCUGAGAUGUAUAUUUCUUUGUGUUAUUUUGUGUAAUCUGUUGCCUUAUGGAUCCUUGAAUGCUUUAUCCAAACACCACUGUGACCAAUGAUCAUUAUAGGCUGGUUACCAGUUGUGUUUAAUCCUUUGAGGAAAAGGGAAAAUAAAUAAAUACACUCAAUAAUCGGGUUGCAGUCUUGAAGCAGAAAAACUGCAUUUUUCUCAGAGCGCACCAUCUAGAAGCAGAAGGAAAUGAUCGCACCUUAAGCCCACCUCCCCACUUUCGUGAUUAGGACUGGAAGUAACACCUCGUUAGUGAACACCUGUAGCUGGGCAACAGAGGAAUCUUUAUUCUCCUGUUUAUUCAUGAAUAUACAUUUUAAAGACUUACUUGUAAAUAAAAAUGUUGCCAAUUCUGCGUAAGUGCAAAUGUGUGCACACACUGUGAUUGACAAUCUGUACGUCAGCAGAUUUCUAUAGUUAUUAGCAAAUUCUGAGCAGCGCAACAUUAAAAUUGCAUCUACAGUAAAAAAUUAUAUAUUUCUUACAAUAUUUAACAAUACAGGGUAACACUGUCACUUUCAUGGAUUUCUAAAAAAAAUCAUUCAUAAUUCCUGAAAGGGGGAAGAAAACUCUGAAUUGCUGCUUUAAAGGUGCAUUAUGGAAGAAUGAGUUAAGACUGACAUCUUGUGGUCAAAUUUAAUUACUGCAGCACGCCCAAACUAUGGCUCAGCCCUAGAAAUUUCAAAAUGAUGAGUUAAAACGAGUCAUACACUAAAGAUUGAUUAGUAGAUAAAUACAUUUUACUGUAAUAUCAAGUUGUUUGUAAUUAAUAAUGUAGCUCGAGAUAUUUGUAGAGCUGACUAUUUUCUUCUAAAUAACUGUCAGCAUUGUUAGCUCAAUGUUAGCCUCUAGCUUUCUAAUCCCAAUAUUAAAAAUAUGCUGUGGCUACGUAGGGGUACAACAAAUAACUUCUGGGUUGCUCAUGUAAUUGGCUUAGAUUUUUUUUAACUUAUUCACUGCCAAUGACGACUAAAGUCGUCAUUUGCAUUUUUUUUUACUGUUUGAGCAUCGGAACGAGCCCCCGCGCUGAGAGAACAAACAUCUCAGCCCUGAAGCCGAUCUUCGUCCGCAUACGUCACAUGUCACAUGAUCAGGAAGCAGCACAUCCAUGUGUUAGGAGAUUGUUUUGGGCCGUUCCGGUAAAAAAAGUGAGGCGCGGACCGGAAAAGCGUCUGCCGAUCACAAUUCGACAACGGAUUAUGAAAGAACGGAUAACGCUCAAAACACGCUGCUUCUUCCUGAUGUAAGAGGUGAGUCUCCUCUUUGUUUUGGUUGUUUUGGCAUCGACAUCAUGCUAGCGUGCAACGUUCUGUGACUCUUUAAAAAACAGUAAAAACGGUGAGAAACGCUGGCAGCGAAGGCCGUUAGUGAUCAGGAAACGGCUGGCAGUGAAUGAGUUAAAAACAUUGCUACAUUUGGCCAGCUUCAUCGCUGACUCCGUGGUGAUUCGCCAACCCCGCAGGCUCACAGGUCAUAAACAGAGACUACAACCAUCUUCAGCCAUUUUGAAAGAAGAAACUCUGACAACCCCCAGCCGGCUGAAAAGGAAAUCUAUUUCAAUGUAACCUUCAUUCCAACAUUGAGACAUUUGACUGUUUUGUGAUUGUAAAAUUCUUACAUAUUGUACCUUUAAGAAGGAAGUUUUAAAAUGAUUUUAAAUCACUCCAGAAGCUGAGGGGUUUUCAGCACAAGAGAGCCUUAGAAACAAUAUUUUGCAGAAUAUAUAUAUAUAUUUUACAAAUUAAAGCUUUUAUUUCCUUGAAAAUUAAAAUAAAAAUGACAAGAACAACAGAAAGGUAAAUCAGGUUUGUAAAAUUAAAGAUGGGAAGCAGACGUAUUAUUAUUAUUAUUAUUAUUGCUUUUUAUUGACAUUAAUGUUGUAUCCAUAUCUGUAGCUGUUCAAUGUUAAAAAUGAUGCCAUUUAGAAAGGUUUUAUCACUUGCUUUACAAUAACUGCCUUUUCAUUCUCAGCAGAACACUGAGAAACUCCUCUUUUUAAAAUAACAUCGCUUUAAUUUCAAGAUGAACCCACACAAGCAUCAUAGAGAUAGCAGGCAGAUGUGUGGUAAAUAAGACAGCUGUUGUGAGAACACAGCUGGGAAUGUGAGGGUUCUGUGAAAUAGAUUAUCAGUUCACUUUGGCCAACAUUACAGAUGUCAUUGGUGAACAGAUUUAAGUAACAUUCCAGGGAAAAAAAGCAGCCAAAGAAAUGUUUUAUAUUUGUGUUUGUAAUUGUGAGAAAAUAAAACUGUUUCAACAAC